AUGCUCCGUAUACUCCCGAUCAUCUCCGUUUUAGUAUUCUCACUGUUCACUCAUGGGAUCAAGGUGUCGGCGAAAUUUAGCUUUACGAUGUGGAUGGACCAGGUGGUGAAAUGUGGCUGUAACGAAGGGUAUGAACUAGGAAAUAGUUGGGCAUAUUGCAGUUCGGGUUACCCUUCCACACAGCAUUGCAAGUGCGAGAAGUCAAGUUGCAAGUCCCCAGCCGAUCCUAAGCUAGUUAAGAUGUCAGGCUGCCAACACAAUGGACCCAAGGGUCCAGAAGGAGGGGUGAGUACUCAAGACUGUUCAACAUAUAGUUUUGAUCAAACCCAUUGGCAUUAUAUUUGUCAUAAUCCCGGUGGAUAUACUUAUAUUUGUCCGGCUGAUCAACCUAAUUUCGCAAACACCUACAUCACUUGUCACCAUUGUUGGUAUUAUAAUUAG